UGUGUUGCUCUGGAGGAUGCAAUAAGCAGUCGGGAGCGGGAAAUACUGCCAGUAAUCCUUCCCUGCCUACCCUUCCUACUGCCGACCACGGGAACAUGAAGGCUGUUUCUCUCCAGGUCCUGUUUGUGCUGGGGAUCUUGUGCCUGGCGACCCUGGCUGGAGGGCAACCCAAAGCACCUCUGAAGUGUUCAACAGAGUGCGGCCGUUUUACAUCUGGGAUAGCGGCGAAGCGGAUAAGGAGCUACCACAGGACCGAACCCCGCUGCGCCAAACAAGCCAUCAUAUUUAUUACUCUGAAGUCCUUGGAGAUUUGUGCAGAUCCGGAGGCAGAGUGGGUGAAGAAGAUCGUAGAGAAACUGGACCAGAAAAAGGCCGCAGCCUCCCCCCUCCCACGUGAUGCCACCUCAGCAGCGGCGCCAGAAGAGCCCGGUGUUUUUCAGAAACAUGUUGGUCUUGCAGUAACGGCUCCAUCUCAAGCCACUGCUCCACCUAGUUUUUUCCAAGGGACUGGCACAACAGUUUUGGAGAGAAUACAUGUUCCUGCUGCCAGGACGGAGGCGUCCACCAAGUCCCCACCAGCCACACAGGACACCACCCAGCUCCCUGCAGGGUCGUCCCCCGUGACACGGGAAAUUGCUGCCCGCUCUGAAGUCACUCCAGAAGCAAACAGAGAUUCCUUAAAAUCUCCUGCACCUUCAACAGCUUCUGCAGCAGGCAUGGUCUCCAGCCAGCCCACCCCGUAUCCCACGGCUCUUGUGCUUGGCUUUGACAACGCCAUAGGAUCUACAGAAGAACCUGUAGGACAUACUGCAAAUGCUAGGGCUGAAGUUCGAGACAUGACUUCUCCUGGCUCAGAUUCAGACCCCGUGGCCAUUGCUAUAGGAUCAGACCAUCCUGUACUUUCUACAGAUGAAUCCCUGAACCCUACAAGUGCAAGAGCCAACGCACCAGACACUGGUUCUAGCAGUUUUAGUUCAGAUCUCCCCUCCACCCUGGACAGCAUGGAGACCGCCACAGUCCCAGCCACACCAGUUCCACCAGAGACUGCUUCAGUUUCUACUCUAAACCCCACAACUGCCAUAGACGAAGGUCCUUCUGUCCAUACCAACAAGGUUGUCAGUUCCUCUGCAGGUGCUUUUGGUACUCGAACAUUUGAUUAUUCAUCGCCUGUAGGAAAGCAAGAUCCUUCAGAUAAGUUAGUUUUUACUAGACAAGCAUUCUCAGGCCAAGCCAGAGUGCAGAUGACUACAGAAAGGCCAAAUGAUCUGCCUUUUCCCAGCUUCUUGUCAAGAUCUCAAAUGCACUUUGUCAUCCCAGUUUCUGUGGUGGGUGGUCUGAUGGCUUGCAGUGUUGCUGUUGUAUGGCUAUAUCUAAAAUUUGGAGUCAAAACAGAAGAAAUGUCCAGAGAAAUGGUACAGGGCUUGCUCUACCAGAAGGACGGACAUCAAAACAAUGUCUAUCCAAUGGAAGUAAUCUGAAUGCUUUAUGGCGUGGACAUUUUUGGCCUAAACUAUAUGUGUGUGGCUGCAGGAAAGCUAGGUUUAUGCUGAACUGGUGACCAGUACGAAGCAAGGCAGGGAAUAAAAAUACCAGAGAAAACUGAUGGGUUUUUUGCAGAGCAGAAUGUCCAAAAAUAUAUCUAAGUCGUCGCUGACCAAUGACAGUAUUUUGGAAACAAAUGAGACACUUUUUUUUCUUUCUGGCAUUGUUACAUACAAAGGCUAUUGCUGUUCUAGAGCUGCUUGGUGGCUCUCUGCCAGGUGGUGAGCGGAAGCGAAUUUCCAAAUUGCUGUUGGGAAUUUUUCUGCCUUUCAUCACGGCCCAGCGGAGAAGCCACCCACUCACCCACGCUGCUGGACUCGGGCUCAGCCACCUUGAGCAAUCUGAACACCAAAAGCACGAUUUGCACUUAAACUGUCUGCUGCUUCUUUCUUUGCACUUCAGGUCGCUGCUCUGUCAGAGCAAGACCGAUGCUGGGGGUCAGCUGGGUGCUGGCUCUCCUUGGGCUGAUCCAAUACCCCAUUUACUCUUGCUGGAGGCACGAGGGACAGUCUAGCUUUUCAGACAGAGGUGAUGAAAACUGCAUCUGAUUAGGGGACUGAAGGUCAGUGCUACAGAUUUCACGUUCAGAGGAGCUGCCAACCCACAGUCGGUCUCCUCCUUGAAAUCAGACCACCCUUCUCUCCAACAACUGCGGGCAUUUCUUCUUGCAGAUUUAGUCUGAGACCUGGUUCUUGGCAAAUCAACUGCAAUAAAACCCUCCUGCCGGCUGAUGCGCCCUGGGUCCCGCUGCGUCCAACACCAGGGCAGGAUAACGUGGAUGAGCCUUUGCAAAUGGGAGAAACCAAGAAGUCACCCAAUAAUUUUGCUAUUCCUGUGAUAACAUUGGAGGGGUUUUUCUGUUCUCUGCAAGCACAAAACCCAGGAAAUACUCUCUUGGAGGAGCUAAAUGCAAUUCUGGAUUUAGUCACAUAGGAAUUACUCCACCACAGCAGACGUACCAUCCUGCUGGUCCCAUAUUCUCUCUAGAAAUAAGCACGUUUGCUGAUCCACAAAAAAGCACAAAAUGCCUGCUCAUGGUCUUACACUUCAGCUGCAUUUUAGUUUUUCUUUUUUUGGAUAGCACUCAUCACCAGGCUAUUAAAGCCCCGUAACAGUACCAGGCUUUUUUUUAACCCAAAUUGGUGUUGAUUUUUACACAUCUAGAUGUUGCUGUAUGUAAGCCUUAUCUUUUAUCUGUGGUCAGUUCCUGAAAGCCCUUAUUAAACAUUGACUCCAGUAUGAAUUUUGCUGGAGCGUGCAAAGGUCUUCAUGAUAUGAUGCUUUGUAGGUAGAGAUAUGUAUCAAGGGUCAGAUCCUCCUCUAACCAACCUCAGUGGAUCAGAUCCCAAAGUCUAUAUAUGCAUGUAGAAAAAAAGAAAGCAAAAACACAUAAUGAGCAAGAUAAUCAAAGCAAAAACGAUGGGUCAGCUGUAAAGCAGAGCUAGAGAAAGGCGGCCUGUGAGAUCCGUCAGAUCGCACCUUCAGGGCAUCCAUCCAGCCCUGGAGGUGGAGAGGAUGGACUGCAACGGUGUUUGAUUUCUGCCGUCACUCAGUCCCUUAUGUCUGCAUUUUGUUGGCUUGAGAGAGGGGAGCCAGGGAUUCAUCUCGGGCUUUGCAAGUACAGAAUGCAAUCAAUCGGAUUAAUUGUAAUUAGGAAUUUGGGGUGAAACCCCUCCUUGUGCAGCAGCGCUCCCGUGCAGCCCAGCUGUGUAACACUGGCUGGGGUUGAUUUACCUGGAGGGUGAAUCAGGGGCUGUCAGCGCCGCCUCCCCAUCCGCCCCGCUUGUGCACGGCUGGGGUUCGUGGCCUCGCAGUUCGUGAGGCGGUGUACUAUGGCAUUAUUUUUAUAUGAAACGCUAGAAAUGUUAUUUUUGUAGUAAAGUUUUGUAGCCAUUUGAAUGUAUGUAGUAUCCUGUCCUUGCUACUGGAGCAUCGCGGAGUCGAGACCUUUCUGUGACCAUUGGAAAACACCGUGCCUUGUCUAUUUCUUGCUGUCUUGGAUGGCUUGUGCGCGUCCAUGGGAGCUGGGUCACUCUCCAGGCACUACAGCAAACAGAGUGGACACUUGUCUGGCUACGGGUGAAGUCCUCGGCUUGCGGCGAUGCUGGGGAGAUGAAUGUGCACCAGGCAGAUCUGAUCACUUCAAGUCCCACCACGGUGUUUGUAAGGACACCGGUUUCGGCUCCACGGCCGGCUCCCACCGUCUUCCCGCUGCGCGGACGCUCAGCAGAAGGAGCGGCUCCUCCAGCCCGGUUCCGUCCUUGUGCUCGCCUUGCUCCCCUCUCCUGUUUCCAGGCUGUUAGCAGGCGGGGCGCUGGCAGCCCUCAUGGGGGGCACUUAAAACCCAGGACCGGGGGAGGGGGGGGCACCGCUGUUCCUCCUUGCUUUACACUGUGCGAUGGGCAGUCUGGGAGGGCACAAGGUGAAUGCCAGUGCAGAAGGACGGAGCCUGUGGGCAUCACCAGUUCCUGGGGCCUAAAAAUGUCAUUUGUUGUAGAGCGCAGUGACCGUUACAAGCUCUGAUUCCUUUGUGUAUUGAGUAUGUAUGUGUGCACACAAGAUAUAUGUUCUGUACCUUUUUUUAGAAGUAAAAGUAAUAGAAUC